AUGUCAUAGGAGAGAUUUCCAGGGUGUAUAUUUUAUUUGAGUGUCACAGGCAAAGAGAAAUAUGAGUUGACAGAAACAACUUCUGAUUAGUAUGGCAAGUAGAUAGAAAAAACUACUACAUAAACAUAUACUGGAUUGUCUUAGAUAUAUUAAUAUAAAGUGGAAAUAUACAAUUUUGAGAAUCUUAUAUAUACACUUUAUGUUAAUUUGUAUUUCAUUUUUAAUUUUUAAUUUUAUCUCAUUAUCCUGGUUCAUAUUAUGAAAAAGCUUUAGCCAAGAUAUCCUACAAGGUUAAAGCUCUUGUUCAAGCUAAGCAAUCUUCCUUCAAUUUUAUCAAACAUAGUCAAAAGCUCAUAAUUAUGGAACCAUAAAGAGAAUUUAAAGUCUAUAAGGGUCAGGCUUGUAUGUAACUUCCUAAAGUGCUGUUUCCGAAGAAAAGGAGUACUGAAAAAAAAUUAAAUUUAGGCUUUUUAAGUUUAAUGUUUUAUUGAUAAAUUUAACUUUCAUUCAGGAGAUAGAGUAAGUUUAACUAUUGAUAUAGAUAACUCUAAAUUAGAUUAACUAGUGCAUUCUUUAUCAAUAAGAUUAUACAAUCAAAGGUAACUAAACUAGCUUUAAUUAUCGAACUAAAUCAAGCUAAUUAAUCGAAGGAGUAGCAGCAAACUGCAAAAAAUAAUUAAACGUGAAGUUUUUUUUGAAAAAUAAUGAUCCUUAUAAUGAAUUAUUACCAUCAGUAAACUUCAAAUUAAUCUAGUCAGAAUAUCAAUUAGUUAUUUAAGCCAAUGUGGAUUGUAUUAUUAAUAUUUAAUUUUUAGCUGAUAGCUGUUGCAAAUAAUAUUCAUCUAUUAUUUUCCUAUUAAGAUUCUAGCACCUGCUAUUUAAAGCAACGAUAUAAUUUUAAUACGAACCUCCUAAACGGAAUCCUUAAGUUUUUUAGAACUAAAAAGUUUGCUUAACAGAUCGAAAUAAGUAUUAGAAAAAAAAUAUAAGUUAACGAAUACUAGGCUAUUGUUAUUAUUGA